GUUUCUUUAUCUUAGCACUUGCCUUCGAUAAAAGACCAAAGGUGUAAAUAAUAUAGACAUUAUAUUACUAACGAUGGGUGAUUCCUUACCGAAAAAAUACUCCAGAAAGUCCUCUGACAAGCAGAAAGAGAGCCGACUUGCACGCCAGCCUUUUUUAUUGACACGCGAGGAUGUGCAAGCUGCGUUUGAGUUUUUCGACACUCAACAAUGUGGUCACUUGAGUGUUAGCACCCUGAAGGCCAGGCUCUCCGCCUUCUACCCGGACCUCACUAGCAAAGAAUACCACUUUCUACUUGAUAGCGUAGGUGUUGUGAAGGCAACGACUGGUACUAGCGCCACUGCCGGUAGCAGCGCUAGCAGCAGCACCAUCACAAUGGAUCAGCUCUGGGAAAUUAUUGACAUGUACCAGGGGGUACUCACGAGCUACAAUCUUGAAGGGUCUUUGUUAAAUCAGCAGAUCGAAAGCACGGCCGCGUCGAGGCGCAAGUCCAAUGUCAGUAAUGUGCUACCCGCCGUGAAAAAAAACACUGAAGGCAACGCAGACUCAAUGGCUGCGAUAGCUGCCGUCGUUGCGUCCACAAAAAACAUUGACUUUGAUCCCGUACAAGAGGCCUUCCGGGUUUAUGAUCCCUAUGGAACAAACUAUGUUGAUGUGAAAACUUUGGCUUACAUCAUGGCUCGCAUCGGUUUCGGCGAGCUAAACGAUGAGGAGCUGGAUAUUUUAGUGAAAACGGCAGAUUUCGAUCGCGAUGGGAAAAUUAGUUUUCAAGAUUUCCGACGGCUGGUUGAAAUGAGGACGGAGCGCAUGAACAAAAAUUGAAAUGGGGUUGUGUUCUUCUUUUUCUCAUUUUCAGUAUCUUUGGUAAACGGGUUUUUCCCCACUAUUAGCGUUUUGUCUUUUUCCUUCCCGUUUAUGCCGUACAUAUUUCAUAUAAUGCAUGUAGAAAUGGAUAACUUUAUCCUUUUAAAAAGGGCCAAACAAUCUGAGAAGACAUCAGAGAAGCAUGUACAUUACUAACCUUCUUUAUAUAAAUGCUGGCCUUUGCUUUUG